CGUUCCUAGGCCAAGGGGCAACGGGGCUCUACUCGAUUCCCAGUUCCUCACCGAAGCCAGGCAAGAAGUCAAAAACCCAUUCGAACACACACACACACAGAGAAUCCUUUUCUUCACCAAUUUCCUAUUUAGAGACUUGGCUGAUGCUUAAUAGCUGCGAUGUGGAGUGAUUUUUAUGGGCUAUAGAUAUAAUUGAUAUUGUAUCAAUCGAUUUUCUUACAAGAAGAAUCACUGGCCAUGGCUCUAUCCCUCGGCAAGUUAACCAUCCUUGUGGGUGCAGGCAUUCUUGGCUCAGUUCUUGCAAAAGAGGGGCGCUUGUCAAAUGUGUCUGACUUGGUUUCUGGUGCAUUCAAGAUUGCUUUUAAGCAAGUUAGACGAGAUGAUUCUACCUCAUCAAUUGGCAAGCAACAUAAUGAUUCUUUGAUGGCUCAGGUUGACAGUCUUCGGCAGGAGCUGCAAAUGUUAGCAUCAAACAGACCGGUUACAAUUGUAACUGCAAGUGGGACAGGUUUGGGUGCUAGUAGAUAUGGUGUAAUUGUUGUCGUGGGUGUUGUUGGAUAUGGCUAUAUUUGGUGGAAGGGUUGGAAACUUCCAGACAUGAUGUUUGCAACAAGACGGAGUUUAUCUGAUGCUUGCACUUCUAUAGCCCAACAGCUUGAAAAUGUUUAUGCGUCAAUCAGGAGUACUAGGAGGCAACUAUCUUCAAAUAUUGAUCGCGUGGAUUCUAAUUUGAAUGAGGUUGCUGUACUCACUGCUAAUACACAACAAAAGGUUACUGAACUGUUGGAAGAUUCAGGAAGGAUUGGUCAUGAUGUUCAAUAUGUUCGUGAUGCAGUUGAAACACUGGAACUAAAAAUCAGUAGAAUAGAAGGGAAGCAGGACAUGACAAACCUUGGAGUAAAGAAGUUGGUUGACUAUGCGUACAAUUUGGAAAACAACUUACUUGAAGAGAAUACUCAGGCUUCAUCAUCCAGUUCACGAAUUACAUUCUCAUCAAAGAAGGGUUCUUUGCCGCCUCCAUCAAGUGAACUAACUUCUCCAUCUGUUUCCAGCGGAUCUUUGGAGGUUCAACGACCCUUCCACAGAGCUACCCCAGCCACCCCCCAGCAGAGGGGUAAUGGAAUUUCAGAAGCAGUCGAGGUUUUAAGCAAUCCUGGGAUUUCUAGUAGUUUCCGUGCUGUAGAAGAAACAAGCAAUGGCUCUUCGAGUUGGUUUAAACCAAAAUUUCUUAGGAGAACGUGCAGUGCAACAAAUGCUGUAGUACCUCAAACGAGUUCAAGCAGACAACAAUCUUGAUGUGAUUUUAUUCUGAAGAACUUUGAUUUUAUGUGGUAAUUAGUUGUACAUUGGGAAUAAACUUUGAUUUUAUGCGGUAAUUAGUUGUACAUUGGGAGGUCUUCCAAGGUUAGUUGUUUCUGGCUUCAGAAUCUUCCCUUGAAUAUAAAUACCAAACUGGUACUGAAUCUUGUAGAGAGAGAGAUAUAUAUAUCAGAUUCAUUAUUUUUUAGCGAA